AUGGAGAUGAAUUAUGACGAAGCGGCUCUCCAUCAGAUUGAGCGCGAGCUCGAUACAAACAUCUACCCCGGGACGGAGAUCAUGAGAGAUGUAGGGACUCAUCAAUUCGUGAAGGCGUCAUCGAGGUCAGAUCGCGUUCUUGUUCCGCAGCCAUCACAGAGUCGACAUGAUCCUUUGAACUGGAGCAAAACAUGGAAGAUGGCAGCCAUUUUCUUGUCCACUGCGGUUUCUUUCAGUCAGGGUCUAGGACCUCUGGCUCUGGCGCCAAUGUUUCCUCAGAUGAUGGAGACUUUCGAAACGGAUUAUGCCUCCGUGGUCAAGUUUACGGGUAUUUGCAUUCUCGUGUUGGGGUUUAGUAAUUUUUUUUGGAUUCCCAUACAGACUGUUUGUGGUCGGAGGCCGGUGUUGAUCUUCUCUACAUUGAUCUGUUUGGUGAGCAAUGUUUGGAGAGCUGUUGCAACGUCCUAUGGGAGCUAUAUGGGGGCUUGUGUUCUCAGUGGGUUUGGCGCUGGGCCUGCAGAGACUUCCCAGCCUGAGAUCAUUGCGGAUACUAUAUUUCUGCACGAGAGGGGUUCGUUCAACACCCUGUACUUCACAUUCUAUUUUGGAUCGCUCAUGGUCGGCCCUAUAAUCGCUGGUCCAAUGGCUCAACAUGUUGGCUGGCGUAGCUUUUUCUGGUAUAACGUCGGUCUUCUCGGACUCGUCCUGAUCCUCGUAAUAUUCUUCUUUCCAGAAACGAGAUGGCACCGGGUCCAUCCAGGAGAAAUUCACGGACAGGAGACGCCGAACACUUCGGAUACAUCAUCUCAGCCCGAGAAGCCCGCCGAAAUGAACCACCAGGAGGAUCUCUCGGCAGAGAGAAACGAGCGGACAGAUCCAUGGCUUGGAAAAGGGUAUCCCUCGAAGCAGCAGUUCAAACUAUGGCAGCUAGGAGAUCACAGUCUGCGAAAGCUAAUGGCUAGCUUCUGGAUUCCGUGGAAGCUACUGUCCUUUCCUAUCGUGGAAUUCGCUGCCUUCAAUGUCUCCUGGCCAGCCAGUGUGUUCCUGACCUUGAACCUCACCCAAAGCCAGGCAUUUGCUGCGCCUCCAUACAACUUCUCCAGCCAGACAAUAGGUUUCUUCAACUUUGCGAUCUGGAUCGGGACGUUCAUCGGACUGGCGACUAACGGACCUCUCUCGGACUGGAUCUCGAUGAGAGCCACUAACAGGAACCGCGGUAUUCGAGAACCAGAAAUGCGAUUGCCCGCGAUAAUCCCGUAUGUGAUUAUAUCUAUCAUCGGCAACUUUGUGGUGGCGUUUGGGUAUCAAUAUAAGUGGGACUGGAGGGCUAUCGUGAUAAUCGGAUACACUGCGGCAGGUAUCCAGGUUGCUGCCAUCCCAGCGAUCACCAGCACCUACGCAGUCGACAGCUAUAAGCCCGUUGCUGGCUCUAUCUUCGUUUCGAUAACCGUAAACAAGAACCUCUGGGGCUAUGGGUUCAGCGAAUUCAUUACACCCUGGAUAGAGAAGAGCGGUUUCGUGAGACCAAUCAUGUUGAACAUGUCGCUGGCGGCCUUGUGGUGUCUCUUUUGCGAUUCCCUUUUACUUUUAUGGAAAGCGUUUGCGGAAGUGGACGGCCAAGUCCUCCGUGCAUAG